AUGACUCAGAUUAGCAAGGAGGACGUGCCUUACCUAGAGGUCAUCACCGCUUUUGCCCGCGACCAGAAUCCGGCAGGCUCUGCAAGAUGGCUGGACAUCAUGGCCGAUGCCGGGCAGGAGCCGCCCGUCGAGGCUUACAACGCGGUGGGUGCAGCCGAAGAGGCCGGCAGAUGGCUAGCAAGGCUCAGCCUGAGGAAGCCGGGCCCGAAUCUGGAGUCCUACAAGCAUGUCCUUCAAUCCUGGGCAGCAGUUGGAGACACGGAGAAGGUGCAGGAGCUUUGGCAGGACUGCUGCAUGCAGCUGACGCGACACAGCUCUCGGCGAGACUUCGAUGUGCAUCGCGGCGAGGACCUGCUUAACAAGUACCGCAUGGCCGGAGAGGAGCUGUACAACUAUGCCUACGGUGCCCAGGUACCCGAAUUUCCGGGGGUGCCCGCAACCAUGACCGUUUGCACGGAGAGGCCACUUGCGGCCGCUUGUAAUGCGAUGAAUACAAUGACACCAAGCUCCAAUCAGAUGAUGCUCAUGUGCGACGGAAUCGGGUGGGGAGGCUUCAACGCGCCAGAGGCAGCUCCGGCGUUGCCUCUGCCCAUCAGCAGCGACGUGCAGUGCAUCCUUGACAACAUGCUCCGCCUCCAGCAUAUGGGGCCUGAGCAGGCCGCACAAAUCUUGAAGGACACCGCCGCCGUGCAGGGAGCUUAUGAGGAUUGA